AUGGCAAGUGACGAAGAAUACUCUUUACAAUUUGACGAGGAUGAAUCGGACGAAGAAGUCACCGCAUUAUAUGAAUCACGCAAUACAUCAGAAUUCACGUUACCAGAUCUAAUAUGUCAUAAACAUGCUACUAUAAUAAGUCAAGAAUCUGAAUUUGAUAUCGAUGAUGAUGAGGAUGAUGCUAUCCAUGAAUAUGAAGAUGAAGAUGAUGAGGAUGAUAAUGACGAUUUGUUGGCUCUUCCGAUUACUAUGUCUACUAAGAAGGCCCUUAGUGAGGGGAGUGUGCCAAAUUUGAAAUAUGAAUGUUUGACCACUCAAGGUAUCUAUGAGCGAAUGUUGAAACGAAUACAUCAUUUACAACCACUCUUUUCUAUACCUCCUGAUGAUAUUUUAAUAUUGAUGCAACAUUAUGAUUGGAAUGAAGAAAGAUUGUUGGAAAAAUGGACAGAAAAGAUGGAUGACUUGUUGGAAGAAAUUGGAUUGAAUGUUACUUCGAAAAAAAUUGUAGAUAAUACUAAUUCGAAUACACGUGGUCUUAAAUAUAGAAAGGAUUUUAGUUGCUUUAUAUGUUGUGAUGAUAAGACUACUGAAACAUUUUCAUUAGAAUGUGGUCAUGAAUAUUGUUUAGAUUGUUACAGGCAUUAUAUUGAAGAUAAAUUACAUGAAGGGAACAUAAUCACAUGUAUGGAUUGUUCUUUAGUAUUAAAAAACCUUGAUAUUGAUCAAAUUAUGGGUCAUGCCUCAAGUAACAUACUUAUGCGUUCAUCUAUCAAAAGUUUUGUACAGAAACAUCAUAGGAAUUAUAAAUGGUGUCCCUACGCAGAUUGUAAAUUUAUUAUUCAUUUGAAGGAUACAUCUUCAUUGGGGGAAUACACACGUUUACAUUAUUCUCCAUUUGUUAAAUGUAAUGAAUCACACAGGUUUUGUUUCCAUUGUGGUUUUGAAGUUCAUGCACCUGCAGAUUGUAAUGUUACUAAUGCGUGGAUUAAAAAGGCAAGAAAGGAAUCUGAUAACUUAAAUUGGGUCUUGACACAUACAAAGGAAUGUCCUAAGUGUUCUGUUAAUAUUGAAAAAAAUGGUGGUUGUAAUCAUAUGGUUUGUGGUAAUUGUAAAUAUGAAUUUUGUUGGAUUUGUGAAAGUGCAUGGGCUCCUCAUGGUAAAAGUUUCUAUCAAUGUACCAUGUAUAAUAAUGAUGAUAAUGGGAAAACUAAAACAACAUCUACUGAAGAUGCGGCCAGACGCCUGAAAAGAUUCACAUUUUAUUAUAGAAUGUUUAAUGAACAUGAAGUAUCAGCUAAAUUGGAUUGGAAACUUGGUCAAACAGUUGGAAUCAAAGUGAAAGCUUUACAAGAAAAAAUUGGUGUCUCAUGGAUUGAGGGCCAAUUUUUGUCGGAAAGUAUUCAAACGUUGGUUGAAGGCCGUACCUCUUUGAAAUGGUCAUUUGCAGUUGCGUACUAUUCAGAUCCAUCUCAUAAUUUGACUAAAAUUUUUCUUGAUAACCAAAUUUUAUUAGCUAAGGCGGUUGAAGAGUUAUCUGAACUGUUAUUAACUAAACAACCUGAAGCUAUUAUGAAAAAGAAGCCUGAUUUUUAUAAUAAAGCGGGAUUUGUCGAGAAUAGAAGGCUCGCCUUAAUGGAGUGUGGUAGGGACUUACUAUGCAAGGGUAUUUGUAAGCCUACUGAUUGA